AUGGCCGGUGCUGGUGGUGGUGGUGGUGGAUCGUCGAAAUCAAACGCACCGAAACAGAGGAAGAGAGUGGAAGCUGAAACCAAAGAUGAAUCCACCACAAACAACAACACUACCAAUACGUUACUUCGCGCUAAAGAUGGCAGCGCUUUCGCUCGAUGUGAAGGAUGUAACAAGAACGUAGCUGUUGCGCUUAUAAGUAUGCACAGUUGCAGCCUCGACGCUAAAAUUCGAGUCAAUCUCGAAGCUCAAGUUGUUGAGACACAAGCUGAGGCUAAGAAGAAGCCUGUAGAGAGGAAGAAGUCAACAUCUGAUGAACCUAAGGCGAAGAGAGUUAGAAAGGCUAAGGAAGAGACGAAGAAGAAGAAGAGCUCUACCUCUAACAAGCCUAAGGCCAAGCGUCCUCUUACUGCCUUCUUCAUUUUCAUGAAUGAUUUCCGCAAAACUUUUAAAGAAGAGAAUCCUUCCUCUAACGUUAAGGAUGUUGCAAAGCAGGGUGGUGAAAAGUGGAAGUCUUUGACUGAGGAAGAAAAGAAAGUUUAUUUGGAUAAGGCUGCCGAACUAAAGGCAGAGUAUAACAAGUCACUGGAGAGCAACGAUGCUGAUGAGGAAGAAGAGGAUGGGGAGAAGCAAUCUGAUGAGGAUGCUAAAGAGAAACAAACUGACGAUGCUGAGAAGAAAGAAGCUGAGGAGGAUGAGGAUGUAAACAAAGAAUCUGAUGAAGGUAAAGAAGAAGAGGAAGAAGAGAUUUUGGAUGACUACUAGCUAUCUUAAUCUCUCUUUGGGUCUGAUCUUAUCUAUCGUCAUGGUUCGUUGUACAUUUCAAACCUCUGUUUUCGUUAAACUAGUUAUCUGAAGGUAGUUGUGCCUUGUGAGCAAGGGAAGUUUUUGUAGUUCGCGGAAUGGUAAUGCUUUUUGUGUUUACAGUGAUGUAGAAUCGGAAGUUAUCUCUUGGUUAGAAUUUAAUCAGUUUGUGUUUUGC